UACCAACCAUCGAUUGUUUUUAUUUUGCAGAUGAAGCUUGAAUGGACACAUCGUCUUUAUACGUAUUGAUAAUUUUUUUUUUUAAUAUUGCUAAUAAUUAGUUAAAUGUUGAUCGAAUAUGACAGCAACAUUGCGUUAUCGUGGUGAUAAAAACAAUCUCAUCGAGUUGGCCAAAAAUUUGGAUGCAUUCAAGAAGGUGCCCGAAAAAUAUACAGAAACAACAGAAAUAGGUGGUACAUUAUCUUUAAUAAGUCGUUUGCUCAUAAUUUACCUCAUAUACAAAGAGGUAUGCUAUUACAAGGAAGCUAAUCUCAUAUACCAAUUUGAACCUGACAUCGACAUGGAUGAUAAAGUGCAAAUGCAUGUCGAUAUUACUGUGGCCAUGCCUUGCUCUUCUCUUUCCGGCGUUGAUCUAAUGGAUGAGACACAACAGGACGUAUUCGCGUAUGGUGCAUUACAACGAGAAGGUACAUGGUGGGUUUUGCCGGAAGAGGAGCGUCUGCAAUUCGAACGCAUGCAGCAUAUGAAUACGUUUUUGCGAGAAGAAUAUCACUCUGUUGCAGAUAUUCUUUUUAAAGAUAUUAUUAACAAUAAUGAAGUGAAUGUAAAACCAUUAGGAAAUGUAAAGAAACUGCCAGAGGAGCAAUAUGAUGCUUGCCGUUUACAUGGAACAUUGGGUAUUAAUAAGGUUGCUGGAGUACUACACUUGGUUGGUGGCGCACAACCAUUCGUUGGGCUCUUUGGCGAUCACUGGACAAUCGAUUUUCGACGCACGCCAGCCAAUUUUACACAUCGCAUCAAUCGCCUGAGUUUUGGACAAUAUUCACGACGUAUCGUACAACCGCUUGAAGGCGACGAAACGCUAGUAGCCGACGAAGAGACUACAGUGCAGUACUUCUUGAAGAUUGUGCCCACCGAAAUACACAACACUUUCACAACGAUCAAUACGUUUCAAUAUGCAGUGACGGAGAAUGUGCGGCAAUUGGAUUCAAGCAAAAAUUCUUACGGCUCUCCCGGCAUCUACUUCAAAUACGACUGGUCGGCAUUAAAGAUUAUUGUGCGCACCGAUCGCGAUAAUCUCGUGCAGUUCAUAAUACGACUAUGUUCCAUCAUAGCUGGCAUCAUCGUUAUAUCAGGCGUUUUAAAUAUCACGUUGGUGACUGUGCAACGCCUUACCGUCACUACUGUUGCGCCGCAACUCUUACACGAAGCAAUAGCUCAACGCUUAGCCCUUGAUGCCGCUAUGCGUGAUAGUGGCGCUCAUGUCGCGGUUGCAGCCGGUGCUGUGAAUGUGAAUCUCCUUGACGCCAGCUCCACAGCACCCACUAAUAAAGUACUUACAAAUAAUCUCAUAAAUACGGCGAAUAGCAUGUCGGACAGCAUAAGCUUGUUGAAUGCCACAACCACAACAGCCGGCAUUCCAACUAUUGUGCCAAUAGGCGUGGAUGAGGAGACCCAGCACAAGUAGCUCUUGCACAGCAGCACACGGUCAACACGGAUUGAGGUAAAAACCUCACCAAUUUUCCAUUAUUUUCAGCGAAUAUUAUAUUUAAAUUGUAGUUGCAUACAUAUGUAUGUAUGUAUGUAUGUAUGUAGGUGCAUAAAUAAAACACGCUUCAUAUAUUAUGCAUAGUUCGGUGUAAGAAUCAGCUACUAUUCUUUAUUUAGCAUUCCAAUGUUGCUCACAGCUAAUAAAUAUACAAUUUUAAACAAACACGUACAUACUUACAUGUGUAUGUAUGUCAUAAGACA